AUGUCUUCCACUGUCAUCAUCGGCCUCUUGGCCGCCAUCGCUGCCCCAGUCUUUGGGAGACCGGGCACGCAGCAAGUUGCAGCCUAUGACGCGGUGCCGUCGCUCUCCGUCCCCGCCUGCCCGCAGCUGGGCAGCAUCAAAUAUUCUCAGUCGGUUCCUGACAAAUCGCCGUUCCCGGAGACUCAAGUUGAUCUCUGCUAUGAUGAUACUUCGCUCAAGAUUGACUUCACGGCAUAUGAUGAGCAAUACUUCUACUUCAACUCGAGCCAUCAGAUGAACGACCCCAUAUACGAAUAUGAAGUCAUGGAGUGCUUCGUUUAUCGUGGCACCGAGGAUCCCCAGACGUAUCUCGAGUUCGAGGUCAGCCCCAACAAUGUCACAUGGCACGCCUUUAUCUACAACCCAUCAAAGGUCCGGGCCUCUGGGGCCGUUUUCGACAGGUUCUUCAUCACGGAUCCGGCUCUUGACGGCAUUUCAGCUGCGACCACUCUAGACAAGACAAACAAAAUCUGGAAGUCUUCGAUCAGCCUUCCACUUGGCUUCUUUAACGUCGAUAAUGGAGCUGCGAAUGGCACACAGUGGAGAAUGAACUUCUUCCGUACCAUCACAUCCCCUGAAAUUUUCCCUAACCAGACUCUAGGAGCGUGGAGUCCCCCCGAUCAGGCAAACUUUCACAUGUCGCCUUUCUUCGGGCAUAUACAGUUUGUGUAA